AUGACCUCCAUCACACCUCCUCCCGCCAGUCCUACCUCCACUGACAGUAGUGGCGCAACCCCUUUUCUUACUCCAACAACCUCUUCCCCCACAACCUCUACCACCACUUCUAAAUCCUCAAAGUCGUCAACAACAUCAUCGCCCUCAGGGCGUAGGAGCCGGGGUUCUGUGAGCGAAAGUGAGCGGCACCAUCAACAACAACAACAACAACAACAACAGGAGCAACCAAAAAAGCAGCGGAGACCUCGACUGGACCUUCUCUCGCGCAGCACCGACAUUCUUUUCCUCAUUUUCCAACACCUCAAGGAAGGUCGUGAUCAGACAAAGACCCCAUCCUCCCAAAGCGCCUACGAGUUCACGACCAUCCAUCGACCACACUCCACCGCAACUUGCACGACUGUCAAAGCCAUCACCGAGAGCCGGAUCCACGAUCUCGUCCAGGACGCAUUCUCCAAGAUAUGUCGUGUCAACCGGGCAUUUGCGAAAGUCGGAAUGCCCUUCUUGUGGGAACGGCCCAAGAUCCGGACCUGUCGACAGCUGGACCGGUUUGCGUAUACACUUCAGCAUCAUGGAUGGCAGUACUUUGAUUAUAUUCAGGAAGUGGUUGUGCGCCAGGGGUCGAUUCCGGAUGCGAAUAAUGAGAGUCUUUGGUGGGGCCAUGCGAGAUGUCGGGCGAUUCUGUUCAAGAUUGCGACAGAGUGUACUCAAUUGCGGUAUCUGGACUGUAACUGGGCUGGGUCACCGUUUGACCAGACCCUGGUCCGGUCCUUGACUGAGACGUCGUUUAUUGCGCUGAAGGUCUUGAGAUUGGAGCCGGUCAAGAUGCCGUCCAAGGAGCAGACGCUCAGUGAGGACGACUUUAACCGACUCGUUACCUGCUGCCCUAACCUGGAGUCCCUGGACCUGGAUGAGGCUUACAAGGUCAGCAACCGGUCUGUGAUCCAUCUACUCAUGACCUGUCAGAACCUCGCCCAUUUCUCAUUCCCUUCAACCUGUAUCCCUGGAUGGGUGGAUGCCAUCGACAUGGGCUUUGGCGAGAACCUGCGUUCGAUCAAAAUCUACACCCCGCGCCGUACCACCGACAGUCCUACCAAUAGCAAUGGCGGACAGGACUUCCACCUCGACGACUUCUCCCUUCGCCCAUAUGCUCUCCAAAAACUGGAAUCAAUCCAUCUUGACAUUGGCGGAGGCGACUUUGUGAACGCCCUCUUCAGCAAGCCAAAACUCCCUGCCCUCCGGUCCCUCCGCAUCCUCCACCCUUCCAACAAACUCCUCGAGAUCCUGUCUGUACGCCUAGCCCCACAACUGACCAUUUUCGAAACCAAGCUGAACGACCAGACAGACCAAGAGGUCUAUAAGAUCUUCUCCCGCAAGAUGACCUCCCUCCAGUCCUUGGAUUGCAGCCCAGGUCCCGUCAUGGGUCUCAUCGGCCGCAACAUCACCACCCUCUCCGCCAACAGCUCCCUCCGCCUCCUCGACAGCAUUGCAGAACUCUGUCCAAACCUCGAGGAUCUCACCCUCUGGGGCGGGAGUAUUUCUCGAGAUCCCACCCGCCAACAGCGCUACCCUCGCUGCGACCCCCAGAGCGGAAUGAUCUAUGUGAUUGAGAUGUGUCCGAUCAAGCGAUUACGAUUGGUGAACGCCUACCUGGGGUUCGGACCACAGUUCUGGCAGGCCUGUGGCGAGUUUGGGACACACCUUGAGAUCUUGGAUAUUGAGCUGUUUGACUGUAAGGGGAUGAACUCUUGGGGGAUGUUUGAGGGACUCCGACAUUGUAAGAAGCUGCAAUGGCUGCGGCUUACUGAACUUCUUGGUGUUCAAAAGCAGGUCAUGAUGUCAUGCCUAAAAGACUUGACGCGCCUUUGCGCCUUACACCUCAGCAUCCCAGACAUGGAAACCGGCUGCUUCUCAAUGUCUAUGGACGAAAUCGGUCUCUUCCUCUCCUCCUUCUGCGAGCUUUCAGAAGUCAACCUUAUCGUCCCCAAACCCUGUCCCAACUCUGCGACGACUACUCCUAGGAGCUCUAUGGAUUUAUCGAGUCAACGACAGUUCUGUUAUGGGUUACCCUAUGCCCGUGCGGAUCCUACGAUGUAA